AGUUCGGUAAAAUACAAAUAAGUAGCAUGAUGAAUUGUGGGCCACUUACUAAAAAAAAGAGUUUAGUGAACUUCUCUUCAUAAUAAUUUUUAUACUAAUCGAAAUUUUACAAGUUUAAAUAUUUUUUACAAGUAAUGCCUCGUCUAUAUGUUGGCAGAUUAAAUAAUCGUGUUAUAGAAAGAGACUUGAAAAAGUUUUUUGACAACUAUGGAAAGAUUCGUGAUAUAAUGAUGAAAAAUGGCUACGCUUUUGUUGAUUUUGAUGACUAUCGCGAUGCUGAUGAUGCUGUCUAUGAUCUUAAUGGAAAGGAGUUAAUGGGAGACAGAGUGAUUAUUGAACAUGCAAAAGGCAUUGAGCGUGGAUCUGGCGGUGCACCCUAUGGAAGAGAACGAUUUAAAGAUGACAGAAGUGGAUUUGGCCGAAAACAAAGAGCUCGUGAUAAGUAUGGACCUCCUGUUCGAACAAAAUGGAUGUUACGCGUUGAAAAUCUGUCAUCAAGAGUCAGUUGGCAGGACUUAAAAGAUUAUUGUCGGCCUCAUGCUGAAGUAACUUAUGCAGAUGCUCAUCGAAAAGAAAGAGGGGUGGCAUGUAUUUGUACAUCAACAUACGAAGAUAUGAAAAAUCUUAUUCGAAAGAUUGACAAUACAGAAUUAAAUGGGAAAAAAAUCAGAGUUCUUGAUGAUAGAGGUUCGGCAUCUCGAUCUCGUUCUCGAUCUCGAAGUAGGCAAAAAUCUAGAAGUGUGUCACGAUCAAGGAGUCGUUCAAGAUCGCGAAGUAAGAGAGAAAAAUCUCGAAGUAAAUCCCGAAGUAAAUCAAAAUCGCGUUCUAGAUCUCCUGAACCCGUAAAAUCUGGGGAACGAAGUCGCUCGCGAUCUAGAAGCAGCCCAAAAAGGUCUCGUUCACGGUCUCGUUGAUUCUUCAAAGAAUGAAUGUUUAAAUACAAAAAUCAAACACUUGUUAUCAUCAAAACGAUCUUAAAUAAUCGAUAAUAUUAAUGCCAGUACUGUUGUCUCUGUAUUAGAUCGUAGCAUGUCGGUUUAUUAUUGAAAGACUUGUAAUUUUGUCAAUACUAUAAUUCUAUUUUAUUACAAUAUUCAUAUAUAUGUGUAUAUAAUAUUGGAA